CUAGCUGGGAGCUAUGCUCCCGCGCUAUCGUCAUGGAUCCCCUUCUUAGCAGCUCGUUGGUAGGGCAUGGCGUGAGAAGCAUUGAUCUCCACAGCAAGCUAUUGCUACUCGGUGGAUUUAGUUAUGGCAGUAGUCCAGGAAUCCAGAAAAUUUCAUCUGCGCGGAGGUUCAAGGCUUCUGGAUCAUCCGCAGCGGCGGAUAAGCUCAUCGACGAUCGCAGCGCCGAGGAUUCACCAGUUAGCUCCUCGAUUGGAGUGAAGGAGCCGGUCUACGAGGUUCUACAAGUGGAUCCCAGAGGGAAUGUGAUCAAGAAAGAAGUUAGCCGGCGACAAUUGCUAAAGACCAGCGGUUUGAGGCUACGUGAUAUAAGGAGCGUAGACCCGUCGCUAUGGGUCACAAACUCGAUGCCAUCCUUACUGGUACGAGACAAUGCGAUAUUGUUGAACCUCGGUAGCUUGAGAGCAAUUGCUACUCCCGAAAGUGUUCUUCUCUUCGACCACAAGAACAUUGGUGCACAGCUGUUCCUGGAGACCAUCGUUCAGCGACUUAACGUAGAAAAUUCUGGAAGCGUGUCAAUGCCCUUUGAGCUUGAGGUAAUCGAAGCAGCAUUGAUUUCCAGAACGCAGAGGCUGGAACAAACCUUGAUGAAGGUUGAACCUAAAGUGUUGGCGUUGCUGGAAAUAUUGCCAAAUAAACUCACAGGGGAUGUUCUGGAGGACCUUCGAGUUAGCAAGCAAUCACUGGUGGAACUCAUAGCGAAGUCAGACGCUCUGAGACAAAUGCUUCUCGACUUGCUUGAAACUCCACAGGACAUUCGUAGGAUGGCGAUCCUCGGGCGCAAUUGCAGACUGGGCAAUAACGGGUCAUUCGAAUGCGUCGUAUCAGCUGAUAAGCAAAUCGCCGAAGACGAAGAAGAGGAGAUCGAGAUGCUUAUAGAAAACUACCUGCAACGAAGCGAGUCAUGUCACGGCCAAGCGCAAAAGCUCCUUGAUUCCGCUAGAGAGAUGGAGGACUCCAUUGCUGUAAACUUGAGCUCCAGACGGCUUGAAGUUGGUCGCCUGGAACUCUUGCUCCAGGUAGCAACAUUCUGCUCGGCCCUGGGUGCUCUCAUCGCAGGGCUCUUCGGGAUGAACUUGAGAUCCUAUUUGGAAGAACGCACUUACGCGUUUUGGCUCACCACGGGGGGAAUAAUCGUCGGGGGCAUCAUGCUGUUCUUGAUGAUGUACAAUUAUCUCAAACAGCGACGGAUUCUCUAAGAGGUACUUUUCAGUUUCUUCGUUUCUUCGCACACAUUUAUAAAAGCUGUGCAAGUGAUUGCGAUGAC